AGUUUCACCGCAACCUUCACUGUGGUUCAUACUACAGGCUGCACAACACUACACUACACUGCACUACACCACAGAGAAACAUCAGAGCGGCGCGCAGAGGGAAGAGGAGUGCAGCUCUCUGCUGAUGUGUGAUAGAUAAUAAACUGAAGACAGAGCUGCAGGAGGGCGCAGUCGCUGGAUCACACAGCAGCCGUUUGUCAGUGGGACAUGGAUUACUGGUGCGCGUCUUUGCGCCUUUGGAUGAAGUAGUGAUACUGAAGUGUGCUUCGCCUCCACGUCAAGAUUAAACACGGGGAUCUAGUUCCUGUUUCUUUCUGUACCGGCUUCCACGCGUCCCUUCUCCGCCCACCUGUCACCCUCAUGGGGAACCAGGUGGAGAAGCUAACGCACUUAAAUUACGCGGAGGUGCCAACGUCGGAUCCGAACGGCUUCGACCCAAACGAUGACACCCCCAGGAUCGGCGUCUCUUACAUUUUCUCCAACGACGACGACGACGAUGACGAGCGCGACGAAAAUAUCUACAACUACUCGUCAGACAGCCACAAUGUGAACCACGAACACAAGCCGUUCGACCCUCGGGACGAGCUGGAGUGUGAGGUUUUCUACCGGGAGGAGUGCGUCUAUGAGAGGAGCAACGGAGCCGCGACGCACUCCGCCGAGAGUCUCCUCAACAACUGCCGACCCGGUGACCUGCUGGAGUUUGUAUCCACCGGACAAUACCCACAUUGGGCUGUGUACGUCGGAGACUUUCAGGUGGUUCAUUUGCACCGGGCUGAGAUCAAAUACAACUUUCUGACGGAUGUGAGUCAGGGCAGACAGGGCAGGAUAGUUAACGGCCUCUACCGGUACCGUGCGCUCCCGCCCGAGGUGAUUGUGCGCAACGCUCGGGACUAUGUGGGCUCCACGGAGCAGGAACUGUACUGGAGGAACUCCGAGUGCUUUGCCGCCUGGUGCCGCUUUGGCAAACGGGAGUUCAAAAUCGGGGGUGAGAUUAGGAUUGGAAAGCAACCGUACAAAUUGAAAUUACGCUUUUCAGAGAAGCAGAGCCACGUUUUGGAGUUUCAGAGCCUGGAGGACGUGAUCAUGGAGAAGAGGAGAAACGAUCAGAUUGGCAGAGAUGCUGUGAUGCAAGAGCUGGCCAAUCACUUGAACGCAACACAUGAAAUUAAAGAGCAGCUCUUUGUCGACUGACGUCAUCCGGUGAGAAUAUGAGCCUCAAUUAAAAAACCCAAACAGCGCUUUACUCUCAGAAGAGGUUUGUUUGUGAACUGACACUCAGACCUUUGACCAUCAGCCUGUGUGCCAGUGCCACACUGUAAACAAAUGGCCAUCACUGGGGAUGAAGGCCAAAGUAAGCGUAGAAAAAUCUGAAGUUUCAAGUGCAUUGUUGGAGGUCAAAUGUGAAAAUGUUGAUUAAUGAAAUGAUAAAUCCUUGUUGCAGGAUUAUGUAACUUCAAAUUGUUCACACAUGUACUUUAAUCUAACCAGCCUUUGCACAGAGGAUCAAAUCCCCUCCAUUAUUCACUUUUACCUGAGAGUGUUAAAAAAAACCUACUCUGGUACAACUCAGGUUUUGGAGACCAAUACAAAGAGAACGAGACACAACAAUAGCUUUUUCCUAGUGUCUGUAAACCUCUGAAGAUUCUGUUCUUACACUUUGUAUCUGACUAUCACAUAGCUUUAUCCACUCUCGGACAGUUUUGUGGACAUAGUUCAUUUCACACUUUUAUUGACCCCACCCAUCAGCAGUUUAUUUUUGAAGGAAAAAAGAUGUUUGUAUGAAAUGAAUAUGGGAAUAAAUCUAUAUUUGAAGAGUAAAGUUUUUUUUUGUUA